AUGGAAUACAGUUGUCUCAACGUAGCAUUUUGUAUCAUGGUUUUAAUGGACCUUGCUGGCAACACCCUAGUGAUUCUAGUGAUCCGUUUGAACAAGUCCAUGAGAACUCCUAUGAACAUGCUUUUGCUUAACUUGGCAGUUGCUGAUAUGGUAGUAGCAGUGUUUGUCGCAAUACAGUUCGUCAUUGGGCCAACAUUCCAGCACCCGUCUGGGACAACAGGAUUGUGGCUUUGCAAGUUUGUAACUGGAGGAACAAUGACAUGGUCAGCGGCUGCAGUAUCCGUGGGUAACCUGGUUGCAAUUUCCAUUGAAAGGUGAAUUGUUUAUGUUUCCAUCUAAAUAUAAGUUAGCAAAACACGCAGGUAACGCAGCCGUCUCAUGAGCAGUUUUCAAGUUAUAAAGGACAGCUUCCGAAUAUUCCCCAGUCCCAGGAAGCCCAAAAAAUCAUGGUCAAAAAAGGGUUAAGACGGAAUCCACCAGGAAAUUAAGUAAUUUUAAUUUUCAGUGGACAAAAACCUAAUACUAGAAUAAUUUAAAGAAUAUUGCAUUCUUUUUUACAUUUUUCAAGGGCUAAAGAUGUCAUAAAUCAUCUGUAGUAACACCAAAGAAAAUUUCUCAUGGAAGUCAGAGAAAAUGAAUGUCAAAUUUCACAAGAAUUGUGAUUACACAGGUAAAAUUCUGAAAAUUUAACGUGUAAGAUAUAACUUUGUGAAAUUUGACAUUCAUUUUCUUGAGCUCCCAUAAGAAAUUUGAAUACCACUGAAUAUUUUUAGCUUCAAUGUAGUUAUUUUCUUUUGUAAAUAAGAACCCAUUUAAGAACCUAAAUGGCCUAAGUUUGUGCUAAUUACCAUGCAUAUAAGAACCUGUUUAGGCUAACUUUGGAAAAUGCAGGUUCUUAGUCGCGGGUUUUUACUGUAUGUUCUUAAUUCCCUUUUUCUUUUUGCUGUUUUGUUAAAGAUAUCGCGCAGUGGUACAGCCGCUGGCCACUCGCUCAACACUCACGAAAACUAAGCUGAAGCUCAUCAUCACGGGUUGCUGGUUAUUCGGCUUCUUUUGGAAUGUUCCUCUUUUUGCUGUCUUGACUUACAGGGCGGAUCUAGAGACCUGCGGUGAGCAAUGGCCUGGUCAGAUCUUUCCUAUAGUUUACAGUAUUGGGUGGAGUGUAGUGGCUGGAAUCGUACCCAUCAGUUUAAUGAGCUAUCUGUACUCAAGAGUGGUUUACAAGCUGUGGUUUGAGGUAACCCCAGCUCUACCGUCCGCAGCAGCGGUAAGUGUUACUAAUAACAACCCACUCUGGCAUGACCUCAUUUUAGCUGGCGCGUAAUUCGUUGGAGCGCGACUACCACCAGCUACAAAGGCUAUCUCUGCACAUAGUUAUUAAAGUGGAAUGGUUAUGAAACGCGUUUGACUCUUUUGUUAUAUGAUUUUGUUUGCUUUUUUCGACCUGACCGUUCACAACGUUCAAUAGCAUUCCUAUCAUUUUGAAUUUACUGACCAAUAGAAACAUCAUCAUAUAUCUCCGCUGUUAUUUACCAUAGCUUAAAAAGCUAUACCUCACUUGAAAGGGCAUACAAUAAACUUUCCAAAAAAAAAUAUUUUACCCUCUGAAAGCCCAUUAUACUUUACUGAUAAAAUUUACAAGAUACAUUUUCUUAUUAUUUAUGCAAUAAUUCAAAUAUAAAAUGUGAUUUUGCAAUAAUAAUACUUGGAUUGAGCUUAAAGUUCUAGCAAAACAGACCACCAAUCAGCUAAAAAUAUUGAAGGAUACAGAAUGUUUUAUUAAUGUUUUCCUGUUGGUACCUCAUUAUGCAAAUUAGGGUUUUAGCCUAAUUUGCAUACUUCAGCCUCACCACGUGUUGAGGGUAACGCGGUAAAGAAUUUGUGGCUGCUUUAGCCAUCAAGAAAUACUUUUGGCGAUGAAUUUCAACCAAAUAUGUCCUUCACAAUGAAUUUAAAAGCUUUUUGGAUCAUAAGCUGGUAAAAAGAUGCAAAACUCGAGGUAAGAAAAGGUUUAUAACCGUAGCGUGCUCUUCGCCGUUAGUUCAUUCUGCAACACGACAUGUUCCUCAAAUUCGAUAAAAUGCUUCUUAGUUUGGGUUUAUAUCGUCAAAGCCUUGCUUUUUUUCAUAAAUAAAGUGUUCGAAUUCAUUUUUGUGUGCUUUAGCUUGAUUUAUGGAUGAAAACAGGAAGAUAACAGACUUUUUCUGUGAGUAAUCACUACAUUUUUGUGUGAUUUUCAAAACAUCGUUGCGUGAAGCAUAUCAACGGUUGGGGACUGAAACUAGACCUGUAAUUGGUUUCAACUGUCUACUUCCCGUGGGCCAAAUUUUGUGGCGAUCGGAAAUAACGCAAUUAUCACAGGGCCACAUGUUCCUAUUUUCACAAGGGCUGUCAGAAAUGAGUUAAUUUAUGUUAACAAAAAAACAAAGGAUUGUGCACGGUCAGGGAGCUUCCAACAUAAACUACAGCACCAUUGUUUUCAACUUUAAUGUUUGCCGGCUUUCCUAACCAGUCCCCUCUACUAACUUUGCUCUGCCUUAAGAUAUCUGAAAGUCAUGUCUUCGCGUACAACAAGACAACCGACCCGGUUUCAAAUGCGACAGCAACUUUUUUUAUUGCACUUAGUGCGACCUCAGUAAGUUAUUAGCCAACAUUAAGACAGUGGGGCAGUUCAUAAAAUACCUUGCGAAUGCGGCAAGGCAUAAAUGUACAAAACGGGAAAAUUAUGCUCUAAAAGAGGAAAUAUGACUUUCUCGAAACCAGACCUCGGCCUUUUCUGAGCACGCAAAUAAGAUGGAUGAAUGAAUGGACGAACGAACGAACGAACGAACGAACGAACGAACGAACGAACGAACGAACGAACGAACGAACGAAUGAAUGAAUGAAUGAAUGAAUGAAUGAAUGAAUGAAUGAAUGAAUGAAUGAAUGAAUGAAUGAAUGAACACUUUAAUUUCAAUAGGGUGCAUAAUUACAGACCAACUGUACUCUCCCUUAUGGCCCGGGCGCUUCCACUUUAAGGAUGUGAUCAAUAUUGUUACUCUCGUAAAGUGAAAGAGCCAUCAAUGCAAGACUUUUCUUAAAAUUACAAUGUAAACAGGGAACAAAGUAUGCCACCAUCAGUAACCACUAGGCAACCGAUCGAAGAAGAGACUUGACUUAAAGUUUUCUCACGUAUUCUCAAAAAGUAGUGAGACACCCUAGAAAGAUUCAUUUUACCUUUUUUCACCAGAAAGGUUAACACUGUUAUCCUUAUUGAAGGAAGUUAAGCCCUCUCCCGAUCACAAAAUGAUAAAACGUCUAAGAUUUGAUACCUUUUUUUCGCCACUGCGACGUUCUCGCUAAAACGCGUAGUAGAAUGACGGCGACUGUCAUGUUUUCCCGCCAAAAAGAAGCUGGUUUACGCCCCCUCCCCGCCCCUCUUGUCAGGUGUUUGUUGUUUUUUACAGGUAGCUAGAACACCGAACAGCGGCAGAACAUUGCAUGGAGGGGGUAGGGGAGGGAAAGCUUAUUAUAUUUUCUCUUUUUAAGUUAGCAAAACGUUGGAGAGGCCCUUUAGGGCCACCUAUCCUCACCAAUUUUGUGGCCGAUUGUAGGAUGGCAUCGGUCAAAAAACAACAACUUACUGCUCUAAAUCUCUCUUUUUAGAAGAAGGCCUUACUGUGCAAAAAGAAAGCUACUAUAGCGGUGAUAACAGUCAGUUUAAUCUAUGCCAUUUGUUGGGUGCCAGUCCUUGUGAUGUACUGCUUGGCACAAUCAUUACCAAACAUGAUGGUACUCAGCCACCAACAUAAAGUCACCGUACUUCUGGCCAUGUUCAACUCCAGCGUUAAUCCAGUUGUUUAUAGUUUUACCAGUGCGUGCUUUAGAAAACACCUUGUAAAACUGCUGAGAUGCAAAUGCUGUUCGAAAAACUAG